AUGGGCGAUCUCGUAUCCGACAUCGUCAAGGAACACUCAGCGAAGAGUAUGCUUCAAGAGGUACAGGAUUGCAUGAGCAUGUCCAUGGUUGGACAGGGACCACUUCGCGACAUCUGGCUAGUAAGAUUUCUCAUCGGUUUCAAAUGGGACAUCAAGACAGCUGGAGAAAAGUACAGGAACAUGAUGAAGUACAGGAAAGAGUACGGUCUUGAUAAUAUCAGAAAUCAGCUCUUGGAGGGCAUGAAGCCAAAUCAGUUCCCCGGCUACCAUGAACAUCACUUAUGUUAUCAAUGCACCUUCGAUCUUGUCAGUGGAAGGAGUAAGAAUGGCAGCCCUAUCAACAUCGAGCAGACACCCAAAUUCGACUUUCAGGGUUUGGUGAACAUUCCGCCUGAAGUAUCGGACAGAUAUCUCAUGCACAACCUGGAGUAUCAUUUCUUCCUGCUGGACAAUAUCUUUCUCCAGACAGGGAGGAUUCCGGGAUACGUCAAAAUAAUGGACUUGACAAGCUGCAGCAUGAAGCAAGUAAUGUGGAUCCGAAAGUGGCAGAGCAACGUCACGGCAAGAAGGCAUCGACUCGGGGUUGAAAUCAUGGAGUGCUAUCCGGAAUGCUUCCACAAAGUCUGUGUGGUGAACGCGCCAAUGUUUUUUACUGCAAUAUGGAAGCUGGUGCAUCCUUUCAUACCAGCACGGACCGCUGAGAAAGUCUCAGUGACGUCGAAUUCAUCCAAGAGCAAGGAGGUUUGA